AUGGGGUCCAUUGCUGCAGCCGUGGUCAAAGACCAGACUAUCCACCAACCCCGCCGCAUCCGAAUCAUCGUCAUUGGGGCGGGAAUCUCGGGAAUUGCCUUUGCAUACAAGAUCAAGGCGCUGGAGAAUGUGGAGUAUCAGAUCUACGAAAAGAACGAGGACGUUGGUGGCACAUGGUUCGAGUCGCGAUACCCCGGUUGCUCGUGCGAUAUCCCGGCCCAUUCGUACACGUACCCUUGGGUGGGCAACCCAAACUGGUCGAGAUUAUAUGCCGGCGCCGAGGAAAUUUGGAAAUUCUACCGCGACAGGGCCGAAGAGUACGGAGUCUAUGAGACGACGAAGUUCAACCACAAAGUCGUUGGAGCAACGUGGAACGAAGAGAAUGGGAGAUGGAUGAUCAAGGUCGAAGAUCUGAAGACUGGCCUGGCAACAGAGGACUCGGCGGAGGUCCUCAUCAACUGCGCGGGAGUGUUGAAUAAGUGGAAGUGGCCUGAUAUUCAGGGCCUUCAGUCCUUUGGAGGAACGCUCGUACACAGUGCCCGCUAUCCUCAGGAACUGGACCUGGCAGGAAAGACUGUCGGUGUCAUCGGUGCAGGAUCGUCCGGAAUCCAGAUCGUCCCUACCAUCCAACCUAUUGUCAAGGCCCUCAUCAGUUUCAACAGAUCCCCAACCUGGAUUGCCCCCCAGUUUGCCGGCCAUCUAGCAUCAGCUGGUAGACAAACGAUGUAUACCGAGGAGGAAAAGGAGAGAUUCCGCAAUGACCCAGAGCAACUCCUCAAAUAUCGACAGGAAAUUGAUCAGGUAAUCAACUCUCGGUUUCCCAAUUUCUACAAGGGCUCGGAAGAGCAGAAGGCGUCGAGAGCGAUCGUGGAGAAGGGAAUGCGGGAGAGACUCUCAAAGAUGGAUCCAGAGCUUCGCGAGAAGCUCAUUCCAGAUUUUGACGUCGGCUGUCGACGUGUUACCCCCGGCGAUGGCUACCUAGAGGCACUACAGGAACCCAAUGUUCAAGUUGUACGAACCCGUAUCCAAGAGGUCAACGAAGAGAGCAUAGUCACUGCCGAUGGAAUCAGUCAUGCUGUGGAUGUGAUCAUCGCAGCCACUGGUUAUGACACGUCCUAUGUUCCUCCAUUCCCGCUCGUGGGACGGAAUGGUGUCGAUUUGGGGAAGCGAUGGGCGCAGACGGGCGCAGAAGCCUACUUGACUUGUGCCGUUCCCGACAUGCCCAAUUACUUCAGUGAGUACACUCUAAGUAAAGGCGAAGCUUUGCGCACAUUCUCAUACGUCAUCCUUGUUACAGUGGUCGUGGGACCGAACACACCAAUCUCGAAUGGCUCCCUAAUGCCUGCUAUCGAAAGUCAACUAGAGUUUGCCCUAACUUUUGCCAAAAAGAUCCAGAGGGAGAGUGUCAAGUCUGUUGUAGUUAGCCAGCAAGCGACCACCGAAUUUAACGACCACAAAGAUGCAGUCAUGGAACUGUUGACCUUCUCCGGGAACUGCAACAGCUGGUACAAGGGCGGAACCUCUAAUGGCCGAAUCACCGGCCCAUGGUGCGGUUCGCUCAAUCACUUCCUCGAAAGUAUCGCGGAACCUCGCCUGCAGGAUUUUGAAUUUACGUACGAUCAUGGGAACCGGUUUGAAUAUCUGGGUCGUGGACUUUCGCGCAAGGAUGUCGAAAAGAAAGAUCUUGCGUGGUAUAUUCAUUAG